AUCGCGUGGCUGAUAGCGAAUGACGUUGAAGACGGAAGUCCUGGGAUUUUGCUGCUGAUGUCCAGGUCCUCCCCAGUGGAAAGCUUCUCCAAGGUUUUCACUGGGGGCAGGGCCAUGCCCAGAUCUGGCGUGGUUUUAAUGCAAGCCCAAGUUUUAGUGCUGAUUUCAGUUGCUGUUUUUGGCAGUGUUGCUGAAAGGCUUCCACGAGAAGCCCUUCAAGGUAAGACCUUUUUGGAUGCUGAUCAGAAGGGCAGACCUCAAAAUAAAGGACCAUCUGCCUGGGGGCAGCCAUCAUUCCAGCCCAUGAAUUUCAAAGGGACUGGCAGCAAUUCAGACCACAGAGUCAAAGAGUAUUGGAGGUUCUACAGCCUCAGGGGAAAGAAAGACAACAGAGACAACCCUAUCAUGCUAACAGAUGACCGAAGUUUAUCUCAUAAACUUCAAUACCAGCACAAAAACAAUGACGAAGUCAUCCAGGGCAUCUUGACUCAGCAGCACCAUCUACCAGUGCAUGCAUCAACUCAAUCCCCUUAUUCAACUCCAACAAUGACUCAACCUUCCAAAACCAGGCCUCGGAGAGCAGCCAGCAAUAAUAAGAAACGCAAACCCAAGAAAAAGUCUUCUGAAGAGACUGAGGCUGAUACCAGUGUUGAAGAUGUGGUGGUGACCAAGGCUAAAAAAGAGAGUACCACAAAGGUGACCAAAAAACCACAGCAACAGCAGUCCAGUGAGGAAGAAGAGGCGGUGACCAAGAAAAAGAAGUCCAAGUUGUUCUCAGAUUCUGUUGAGGAUUUGGAGGAGACCAUCAAGACCUCCUCCAAGCCAAAGAAGAAAAAACCAUCUAGUACCACCACCAGGACCUCUACCAUAUCCACCAGCACCACCACUAACAGUGCUGAGAACCUUAAAAUUCAAAAGGCUGAAACAUCACAAGAGAAUUCUUCGGAAAACAAUAAUAACAAGACGAAAUCCCUGAGCGAGGAAAUGCUAACCUCAGCAGAAGAAGAAGUCGAAAUCACGACGACAACCAAAAAACCUCGCAGACGCAGAAUAAAAAUUCGCAGGAGGACCAAGCCACGCGCCAAAAUGCAAAAAGCGCUGAAACGCCAAUUCAAACGCAUGCACAAUCCCGCGGAUUCGUCUCUCGCCGACCCAGUGUUGCCAAACUUGCCCGCGGGGAAAUUGUUCCCCAAAUACAACACUACACUGGCUCAGGAUAAUGCUGCUAUCAAAGAGCUGGACAGAGCCAUCAAAGAUGUCGACUUGGAGCUGGAGAGAAUCCAGAAGACCAAGAUUGUCAAGCGAGAAGCUGUUCCUUCUGGACAAGAAAAGAAAUCAUCUGAUGCCAAUAAUGUAACUCAGCAAUCAUCAUUAAAAUUGCCAACAGAUGAUGAAGAGUCUUCACCAGUGCAAACCAUUCCAUCUGCAGCAACUACAGAGUCAACUGUCAAUGAAGACCAAGAAGACAACAACCAGAGUGACAUUUUGUCCUCUUUGCAGGGUUCAAAGAAAGAUAAAAGAAUUCUCGCGAGGAGGCGGAGACUAGAGUUGGAAGAGCGCAAGUGGGAACGCAAAGAGCGCGAAGAAGAGCGUCGACUGGACCAACAACGCAGAAAGAUAGAAGAAUCGUGGAAGAAGCACCUGGAAGAAGAGAAGAAGAAGAGACGGGAACUGAUGGAUGAAAAGGCUCGUCGAGAACGGGAAAGACUCGAACGCGAACGAAAAGAAGAAGAAGAAGCGCGUCGCAAAGAGCAGAUUGACAAGCUCCAGGCCAGACGCAAAGAGCUGGUUGAAAGACGGCGACAAGAACAAGAAUUGCUGGCCAGACGAAUGCGGGAAGAGCGAGAGCGCAGGGAGAGGGAGGAGCGGGAAAGGCGUCUGGAGGAGGAGCGUCGACGCAAGGAGGAGGAGCGGCGGAUCCGUGAGGCGCAAGAGCUGGCCAAGAAGAUCAAAGAGCGCGAGGAGAGGAUCCGCAGGGAGCACGCGAGGAUCCUGAGAGAGCGGAAAAGAGCAGCUGAAAAGCGGCGCAAGGACAGGGCAAAGAGACUCAUGGAGGAGAGGAGAACACUUGACAAACUUCACGCCCAACUCAAGGAGAAGCUUUUGGCAGAGAAGCUGAAGCUUCAUGAGAGGGAAGUUGCUUACAAACAACUGGAGAAGAAGCACAUUGCAGAGAGUAUCCAGAUGCCUGAACUGAGUCUUGAGAAGGAAAUUGCUGGCCUUACAAAGAGCAUAGGGAUAGCUCAAGAAAACAUAGCAGCCAUAGUCGAUUCUGAAGGCUCAGGAGAGGAUCAAGAAACUGGGAACCCACAAGCACAAGACAGGAAUGCUGAGGCCUCAGAUGAUCCAAACAGUUCCUCACCUCCACCAUCUGGAGGUGCUGCAAUAAAGACACAAGGAAAGGAAAAUCCUGAAGAGAAUGAUCUGCAAGAGAACAAGACAAAAAAUAAGGUCAAAAUUGUCAGACUUUCCAGGAACAAACUGAGCUAUGCUCCCCCUCCACUGCUGCCCUCUGUUCCUGAUUUCCUUCCACCACUUCCACCAAUGUUGCCACCCAGCUUGGAUGCAUUCCUGGAUGUUUCUGGAUUUGACACCACAAAGAAGAAGACUACUACUGUGGCUACAACUCCUUCAGCUCCUCCAGUCACUCAACAAAAAGAUCAUUUGGACCUUCUUGUGGAUCAACACUUGAAACUAGCAGAGGACAACAAGAAAGCAGAACUAGCAGCAAAGGCGGAUCCCCUGGCAGAUAUCUUCCAAAAUCCACCUAGAGCCCCAGCAGCAGCAGCAAUGGUACCUCCUGCUGGUGCCUUAUUUCCAGCUCCAUUACAGCGUCCAGCCCCACCACCAUCACAGCCAAUUCAAUUGCCACCUGCACCACAAAUGCCUCUCCAGCAGAGAGCACCCAUGGCAAUACCUCAACCCCCUUCUCCACAAAUGAUGUCUCCUGGCAUGCAGCCUAUUUAUCAGAUCCCAAGGUUCCCCAAGGUUUUUUAUUUGUGGAAAAUUACGUUUCAACGCAACAACAACAAAAAUGACGAACCCGCAUAUGGCAAAGGAACCACGUGGAACCCAGGUGGUGUCAAGCGGUUCCCACCAACAUCAUCAUCAUCAGUUUCAGGCACCAGUGCAACCAGUCUCAAAUUGACAUUCCUUCUGGGCAUGAACCAGGCAAUUGGGGCAACACCUCUCACAAAACACCGACUCAACAGGGCCUUGAAUAACUUGGUCGAUCCUUUGAUGUUUUUUUCGUCAGGGGUUUACCACAUGGGCAAUGACAACGCGAAAUUCCUGUCGUAUUUCCACGCAGACCCUCCGGAAUUCUCCCACGUCCAACCGACUUCUCUGACGUUUCUGCAUUCCUCAGAAGUUGACCCGCAACAGCAACAACAAAAACAAGAGAUCGAAGAGGAAAAGCCGAAAAGAGUAGUCAACAAGAAGCAGCUAGUUUUCUUUCCGCAAAUGACUGACCAAACCCUGGCGAGUUACGUGCUCCAGCAGCACAAGCAACGACAGCAGCGAGAACAACAGGCUCUGCUUGACGAACAACAACAACGGAAACAACGACACCAAAACGACGCAGACCGAUUUUACGACAAUGCCAAAUUUCCGUUGCUGACUGACAGAUCUUCGUCUGCUCGCAAGUCGCCGAAAAAUUGCGGGAUAACUUUGGACGUGGACGGAAAUACGAGUCAGUUUUUGGGGGUCUCUGUUGACGUGUCCCCCGACAAUGACCACAAACAUGAACUCAGACAUAGGGUCAACGAGGAUGACGAGGUCAUUUAUCCGGUGUCAGAAACUGCGUCGAAUCACGCGUCGCAUGACAGAACAGCGUCAGAUGCCGAGCGUCACAAUUACAGCGUGUACCGCGUGAACGACGUGAGUGCCACAAACACUAGCUCCCUCUAUCCGAACCAACUGAACGUGGACGAUCCGAUUUUGCACGCCAAACUCCGCGGGUUCCGAUUCGCAGACGCGCCGCUAGAUGCCGUUGCGUACAGCUGGGACUCUCUCAAUAAACUCCGUUCGAUUGCGGAACAAUUUCCCAAAACCGGGGCAGAGUUUAGGCUCAUGCAACUCGAGGACGAGGAGUGCUGCGUUUUACAAAUUGACCCGGUUUUUAGAGACGAUGACGACAUCCCAGUGCCCAAGGGCCACUUCAUCCCCAGGAUGUGGCCCACCAACGUGAUCCACUACACGCUAGACGACGGGUUUACCGACACGCAAAAGUACCUAAUUCGGCGUGCCAUUAACGAGUUCCACGAGAAAACCAACGUCCGGCACGUGGUGGGGGCGUGUUAUUCCAAGCUGGGUUUCAUUGGGGGCAAACAAGAGAUCUGCCUGAGCGACAAGGGGGUCAACAGGAAGGGCACCAUCAUGCACGAGGUCAUGCAUGCCCUGGGUUUUGACCACGAACACAGUCGACCAGACAGGGACAAGUUCGUCUUUGUCAACUGGUGCAACAUUUCUCAGGGAUUCGAGCCCCAGUUUAAAAUCCGGUACGGGAAGUUGUCUGAGAAUGGAAGAUACGAUUACGGGUCUGUGAUGCAUUACCCAGCACAUGCUUUUGCGGAUCUCAAAUUGUUGCCAACUAUCAUUCCGAACAAGAAGCACAUUGGCCCUCGGGGCAUUGGUCAGCGUUUGUGGCUGUCACCUGACGACGUGUACAAGAUAAACGCGGCUUACACGGCAACACCUGAGAGGUCAGGAUACGCGACUGCAAAUCCCGACGCAAUGGAGCAUUACUCUGCAGAUAAUCACGCAGAUUUGCACAGAUUCUUCCCACCCAUGGACAAACUGCAUUUCCAAAUGAGAUUCCGGCCAAUCGUAGAAGAGGUCUGCGAACCCGACGAGAACAUCCGGCAAAAAGUCCUGAAGAAAAAAUGGGGCAAAUCCAGAAAAACCAGACUCAAGUUGGCCGAAAUCAAGGGCAAAUACAGUGAAAUGACCAAAGAGCGAAUCAGACUCAAAUCCAGGUGCCACAGAUCCAAGAGAACUGCAACAGCUGCAAAGCGCGCAAAAUUGCAGAAAAUCCGCGACCACAGAAUGCUUUUAUCGCAAGGAAAACCGAAUCCUCGUAACCCAUAA